AUGAUUGCAUUAGUAAUUAGUUUGAUAUUUGUUGGUCUUAUUUCUUUUGUUCUAUUCUAUACUGGAUGGUUAAUUCGUAUUACAAAUGAUUUGAUUUGUUUAGUAUUCGAUUAUCAUAAAAAGGUUCGUCGUGAUCGACGACCAGCACGUAUAUUUCUUAUUCGUCAUGGUGAAUCACAAGCAAAUGUUGAUCAAACAUUAUGUGCACGUCUUGCUGAUAGUCGAGUUGAAUUAACAGAAAGAGGUCAUCAACAAGCACUUGCUGCUGGUGAAAAACUUCAUUCAAUAAUUGGUAAUGAAUCUAUGUAUGUUUAUAUGAGUCCUUAUCAACGUUCAAAACAAACAUGGAUGAAUAUUCGAAAAGCAUUUUCAUCAUCACAAAUUCUAACUGAACGUGAAGAUCCACGUAUACGUGAACAAGAAUUUGGUAAUAUAGCUGAUUUACAAAAACGUCCAUAUGAAUUAGAAGAACAAAAAAGUUGUGGGCAUUUUUUUUAUCGUUUUUCAUGUGGUGAAAGUGGUGCUGAUGUUUAUGAUCGUGCAUCACUUUUUCUUGAUACUUUAUUUCGUGAAAUGGAUUCUGGACAUCAUUAUCCAACACAAAAUAUUGUUGUUGUAUCACACGGAUUAUUUAUGCGUUUAUUUCUUAUGAGAUAUUUUCGUUGGACUUCUGAAGAAUUAGACAAAAGUAAACAAUUUGCUAAUUGUGAAAUAUGUCAAUUAACAAAAGUCAAUGGGGUUUAUACACUUGAUGGACAUACAAAACCACCAACUAAAUCAUCAUAA